AUGGAUCAAAAUCUUUCUUCGCAAAAUGGAUCUAAUUUUGUUAAUUUUACUGGAUAUAACAAUCCACAAUCAUCUGGUAAUAAUCAUUUGCAGUCAAAUGCAUCUUAUAACGAUAACAAUUUUCAAACACCUUAUGUAAAUAAUAUAAAUAAUAAUUAUACUACUAAUUGUCAACAAUCUAACGUGCAACCCCCUCCUCAGUAUGUUAGCCAAAAUCCGCAUCUACAGGAGUCCAUUAGAAAUAUUUCUUCUCUCUUAAAUACUUUUAACAUUACUAUUGACGCUUCGCAAAAUCGAAUUCAAAUUACAAUUACUCCUAUCUCUUUAAACAACUCUAUUUCUUUAAACAAUUAG